AUGUCGUAUCACAGUAAUUGUUUUGAUAUUGGGAAACAGGAACUUAGAGGGUACACCGGAAAUGGUCCUGCUACUUCAGAAACAAUCCUGUCUGUCAGAGUACUCGGACUAAACAACCCUCAAAAUCUCAUGGCUACUGAAACAAAGGGUGCUGUAUGCUGUGUAAACUACGAACCCCCCGGUAUCUUUGGUUGUAAAGAAAGUUGUUCCAUCACCAUAGAAGUCUGCUACUUAGAUAGCACUUCCAGUUCUUGUGUGAAAACAUUUACCAGCAAUGUCCUUCCUGCGGGGUAUGGUGAAACCCAUUUUGGUUCACCGAUUGGGAACCUGUCUAAUCCAGUCAUUAUCCAUAUUCCAACAUGGUCGGGUCGUUCUAGAUACCGUGUUACAGCUUAUGCAGAUGGCAACUUUCAAAAUAUCAUUGGUCAGUUGGUGGUACAGCCUAAUCCCAGGGACAUCGCCCCUGAUGAACUACACGCAGUUACUCACCACGCAUCUAUGGCGUACUUCCGUACAGGAGCUUCCCUAUCGACAGAUUACAAGAUAUUCCAAUGCCAAGCUGAUCCCUCCCUUCACCAGACCUGUAAUGAACAAGGCCUGGUGGUGUGUAAAGACCCUUACUACGGCGUGGCCUGUUCCCAACAAUGUUCCAUAUUUCCAGUGCAAGGUGCCUUUCGAGGAACAUGUAUCCAAGGAGUUGGUCCGAUAUGUCAGACGGGUUGGACUGGUCAACAUUGUUCCAUUCCCGAUCUCUGUUCUAACAAUCCCUGCCAAAACAGCGGCCACUGUGUGACUGACUCUACAGUUCCAGCGUACGGAUACCGCUGUGAGUGUUCUAGAGGCUGGACCGGGCGACUUUGUGACCAGAUUGAUGCUUGUUCUUUCCAUUCCUGCAAUCACGGAAAUUGUACUAACGACAACACUGAAACCCAUGGUUACCGUUGCCAGUGUCGCAGUGGCUGGACUGGUGACGUUUGUGAUGUCGAUUUCAACGAAUGUCAAUUUCCAGGAACGUGCUCUGACCGUGGCACGUGCCGCAAUUUGGCGGGAUCAUUUUCCUGCAAUUGUGAAGCCGGUUGGUCUGGAAAAACAUGUGACACAAGCCUCUGUCCUACAGGCUACAUCGGUGCAAACUGUACUACCAUAACGAGUUGUGAAAAUAACGGAUUCAAAGUGCAAGGGCCGACAGGGAUAAUAUGCCAGUGUCCGUACGGAUGGGCCGGAGCUAGAUGUGAGAUAGACGAAGACGAAUGUGCCAGCGCAAAUGCAUGUCAGAAUAACGGCACGUGUAUCAAUCGUCCGGGGUCAUUCAUCUGCGCAUGUCAGAGUGGUUGGCGAGGCCAUCGGUGUGAGGCGGACAUAGAUGAAUGCGUGGCAAAUCCCUGCAUGCACGGGAAUUGUUCGAAUAGUGAUGGUAGCUACCAGUGUACAUGUGAGAAUGGCUGGAUGGGAAUACACUGUGAAACGGAUGUCGAUGAAUGCGAACACACAGUUUGUCAAAACAACGGCACUUGUAUCAAUUUCGCGGGAAAUUUUCACUGUAAAUGCCCGGAUGGUUAUGGCGGUGGAUUAUGUGAGUAUGAUAUAGACGAAUGUGCCAAUGUUACAUGUUUGAAUUUCGGAGUAUGUGUGGACGGUGUGAACGAGUUCACCUGUCAGUGCCCCCAGGGAUACACUGGUAAGCUGUGUGAAGUGGAUAUUGAUGAAUGUUUGAGCAAUCCGUGUGUUCACGGUACUUGUUCAGACGAAGUAGCACAAUACAACUGCCAUUGUCAACAGGGAUGGAGCGGUGUCAACUGUGACAAAGAUGUCGAUGAAUGUGACUUCUCCCCAUGUGAAAACGGAGGAAACUGCACUAAUAAUCCCGGAAGUUACAGUUGUGCAUGCGUUCUCGGAUUUGUGGGUACAGGAUGCGAAAUCAACAUCGAUGAUUGUUCAAGUUCUCCCUGCAUGAACAAUGCUACAUGUGUAGAUCAAAUAAAUGAUUUUACUUGCCUUUGCUUUGGUCAGUUUACUGGUAAACAAUGUAACGUAUACAAUUUCUGUGCUUACAAUCCAUGCGACCACGGUAAGUGUGUUGUGACUGAUAAAACCCCAAAAUGUCUGUGUGAUUCAGGCUGGGAAGGAGUGUCCUGUCAGUAUGAUAUUGAUGAGUGUGCACAGGGGUCGCCCUGUUCAGAUGGAAAGACAUGUGUUAAUACAGCCGGAAGUUAUGAAUGUGAUUCCUGCAACGCCACCUACUGUGGUGUUAAUGGCACGUGUUCCAUUCAAAACAGUGUCCCGACAUGCACCUGUGGCCAUGGCUGGACGGGAGAGGACUGCUCACGUGAAGAUUUCUGUGUUGGCAAUCCUUGUAGCAGUCAUCUUGAAUGUGUCAACACUUUGGAUGGAUAUAUGUGUCACCAUCACCACGACAAAGACUUAUGUGUCGCCAUGCCGUGUGAAAAUGGCGGCUCGUGUGAGUUUCAUGCACACUACACCCCUCCCAGCUACGAGUGUCACUGUUCUGACGGAUGGACAGGGACCACGUGCACUACUGAUAUAGAUGAAUGCUCUACCAGCCCAUGCGCAUCUGACCAUGUAUGUGUUAAUACUGCCGGAGGAUAUGCGUGUGUGAAACAUGCUAACAAACGGUCCGCAUUAGAAAAUGAUCAUGGGAUUGUCACGCUGGAAGUGGACAGCGUUAUACAAAAAUCUGAUGUCGGAGACCUACAUGACCUUCUGACGUCCUUGACCUGUGGAAAUGGAUGUGGGUCACCAGAUUGCUCUGUUGAAAUUCUGAGUUACUCUGUCCAGUCCAGGUUUUCGACAUCUACCUUUACCGUUCUCGGAAAAUGUGGCGGUGACGUCAUUAAUCAGGAGGCGAUGUAUGAAGUAUUGGAUAAAACUUUUAGAACAAUCGAGAAACCUAGAAAUCACCAACCAUGUCAGCAGACCCAGACGAGUACUCGUAUCCAGGGACAGCACAAUAUCAAAUUCAAUUCAAGUAUUGGCAAUUUGUCGAACCCAAUAAUUUUCCAAGUGAAACAAUGGACGAUGUUUUCCGCAUUUACAGUGAAAGCUUUUGAAGACAAGACACAGACACGAACCAUAGGUAUGUUCGACGUGUUUCCUUAUCUGAGUAAAGCCGACACUAGUCAAAGUACCGCAAGGUUUCACGAGAAAAGAUCCGUACAGGACCAUAGGACGCACGCAUCCCUGCAUGUUAGAUUCCAAGUAUAUGAAUCAAACUGUAGUCCUGACCCCGCCAGUAACAAAGUGUGUGACUCGAACGGACACCUGAUGUGUGCCCCACAUUAUUAUGGUCUGCAAUGUAAUAAGAGGUGUAUACCAACACAGAACGGAUAUUGUGACAACAGCGGCAAUCUGGUCUGUAACUCAUCAUAUUACGGACUACAUUGUAACAAACAGUGUAUCACUCCGCCUUCUCAUGGGCAUUGUGAUUCUAACGGGACGUUAAGAUGUGACACGUCCUACUACGGACUACAUUGUGACAAACAGUGUAUCACUCCGCCUUCUCAUGGAUAUUGUGAUUCUUACGGGACGUUAAGAUGUGACCAGUCUUACUAUGGACUACAUUGUGACAAACAGUGUAUCACUCCGCCUUCACAUGGACGUUGUGAUUCUAACGGGACGUUAAGAUGUGACCCGUCUUACUACGGACUACAUUGUGACAAACAAUGUAUCACUCCGCCUUCCCAUGGACAUUGUAAUUCUAACGGGAGGUUAAGGUGUGACAUGUCUUACUACGGACUACAUUGUGACAAACAAUGUGUCACUCCGCCUUCUCAUGGACAUUGUGAUUCUAACGGAACGUUAAGAUGUGACCCGUCUUACUAUGGACUACAUUGUGACAAACAGUGUAUUACUCCGCCUUCUCAUGGACAUUGUGAGUCUAACGGGACGUUAAGAUGUGACAUGUCUUACUACGGACUACAUUGUGACAAACAAUGUGUUAAUCCGCCUUCUCAUGGACAUUGUGAUUCUAACGGAACGUUAAGAUGUGACACGUCUUACUACGGACUACAUUGUGACAAACAGUGUAUCACUCCGCCUUCUCAUGGACGUUGUGAUUCUAACGGGACGUUAAGAUGUGACCCGUCUUACUACGGACUACAUUGUGACAAACAAUGUGUCACUCCGCCUUCUCAUGGACAUUGUGAUUCUAACGGAACGUUAAAAUGUGACACGUCUUACUACGGACUACAUUGUGACAAACAGUGUAUCACUCCGCCUUCUCAUGGACAUUGUGAUUCUAACGGGAGGUUAAGGUGUGACAUGUCUUACUACGGACUACAUUGUGACAAACAAUGUGUCACUCCGCCUUCUCAUGGACAUUGUGAUUCUAACGGAACGUUAAGAUGUGACAUGUCUUACUACGGACUAUAUUGUGACAAACAGUGUAUCACUCCGCCUUCCAGUAAUGGAACUCUGCAUUGUGAUCCCCCGUUUGAAGGUUUGAACUGUAACCACAGCGGUUCAGCAACACCACCACAGGUUUCAGGAUGUUUAGCACAUUCUUGCUUGAACCGUGGAACCUGUACAUAUAUUGCUAAUACAUACCGUUGCCAAUGCCCUUUUGAAUACACGGGUACCAACUGUGAGAUAUUGAAUGUAUGUGCCUAUUCCCCCUGUCGGCAUGGGCAAUGUGCGACUACAGCAUCUGGAUUCCAUUGUAAUUGUGAACCUGGCUGGACAGGAUUCACCUGUGAGACAGAUAUCAACGAAUGCCUGCGAUCAGUUUGUUCAUCUGGACAGACGUGUGUAAACAACUUUGGUAGUUAUACCUGUCUUUCUUGUGAGCACACGAUUUGUCAGAACAAUGGGACCUGUAUAUAUCAGGACCACGCCCCUGUGUGUAAAUGUGGGCGUGGCUGGACUGGGCCAGACUGUUCCAUUCCGGAUUCAUGUCUUGACAACCCUUGCGGACAUUACAGACGAUGUGAGGCCUUCCCUGAUGGAUACUACUGUCACUAUGUUGACAAUAUCUGUAGUCUCUCGCCAUGUAAAAAUGGCGGAAGUUGUCGACAAAAUGGUCACGGGUUUAUCUGCGAGUGUUCAAUCGGCUACAAAGGUGAAAUAUGUGACGAGAUUGACCCAUGUAGUAGUCAACCCUGUUUGAACGGAGCAACGUGUACCUACGAUACGAACACUUACACAUGUACAUGCGCAAAAGGAUGGAUCGGACGCACGUGCAAUGAAGUUGAUUAUUGUGCGUCUACGCCUUGCAAUAAUAACGGUGUUUGUGUGAAUGGGAAAGGUGACUACACGUGCGUGUGUCCAGUUGGUUUUCAGGGGCGUGAUUGUAUGAAAAAGGAUUUUUGCUUUAACAAUCCUUGCUAUACCGGAACGACAUGCAUUUCUUCAGCAACAACGUACGAGUGUAUUUGUCCACCAGACAUGACGGGAGCCCACUGUAACAACACAAAAGAUAAGUGUAACCCAUCGCCUUGUUUGAAUCACGCCCUCUGUGAGACAGUCGGGGAGGCGGUCGUCUGCUACUGUCUCGGUGGCUGGGAUGGUGAAAUUUGUGGGAAUGACAUCAAUGAAUGUGAAGUAAACCCGUGUCCCACACAACUUUCCUGUGUCAACUAUCCAGGGGGUUUCUCUUGCACGGAACAAACGCGACGAUCUCCAAGAUUUAGAUUGGGCAGCGUGACACAAAUACAAGGUGGGACCCAAGUUAACGUUUCUUCUUUAUUAACGAAAGAAAAUAUCUUCAGUAUUAAACAACGUAUAGAGGAUAUCGUCAAUGUUCGUCUCUGUACGACUCAAGAAUCGUCCGUCCAGCUUCUUGGAUUAAAUUCUGACGUCAGCUUCGGCAUGUCGACGAUCGAAAUACUGGUGCUCUGCGGAAGUGACGUCAUAGAUAGUUCAAGAGUAUCACGCGAAUUACAAGACUUCGUUUGA